AUGCUCCUCCUACCACUCCUUGCCCUCGUGGAGUACUGCUUCGGUCAGGGGAUGUACUUCUGCACCGGCAGCAUCUUUUGUGCUCCUGUUGGUGGCCAAAUGCCCUUGCCAGCGCCACCGCCGCAGCCGCCCAUUGGAUUCCCAAACCCCGUCUUUCAACCGAUGCCAAUGCCCAUGCCCGUGCCGGGGCCCGUACCAGGGUCUGUACCGUAUCCUCAGCCACUACAACCCAGCUACUACUACCCGCAUAACACGAUCCCCUCGGGCUGGGGCGCCAACGGGGGCAUGCCUUUCCCCUGGCCACCGAACUAUAACACCUACAGUCCCAGCCCACACAUGCCCCCUGUCCACCCCGCACCGAUGCCAGGAAGCUGCCCAUGCAGCUACGGCCAGGCAGCGCUCUGCGGCAUCCACCAACCCAUCAGUGGCUACCCGGUCCACGGGAUGACUGGCAGCAUCGGCAACCUGCACUACCAAGGAUGUGUAAACUGUCCGCGGGGGCCACAGGGCCCGGUCGGAGCACAAGGCCCAGUGGGACCGCAGGGUACGUCCGGGGCGCAAGGCCCACCUGGACCGCAGGGCUCGCCUGGAGUGGGCGCUGACGGACCCCAGGGGCCGGCCGGCAAGCAAGGCGUUCCUGGCCCGGUGGGCCCCGUGGGUGCGACUGGCCCGGCGGGACCGCAGGGCACUGCUGGGCCUCCAGGUCCGAAGGGUGAAUGCGGUUGCAAUCAUGGGUGCAAUAAACCGGGCGACAAACCGGGCGACAAACCAGAUGAAAAGAAACCGCCUGAACCGUCAGGCCAGGGUGUGGGUAGGGAAAGCAGUGAUGGUCCGAAGUACACCGACGAACCGGCUGUCCCAGCAAACCAAGGAGCUGGAGUGGAUAACGUCAGCAAAGGGCCCGUGUAUAACGACGAGGUCUCUGCUGCAGGCCAGGGUAUCGGAGCGGAGUCUGCGGGAGGGCCAUCCUAUACUGGUGACCCCCAGACGAGUUCUCAUGGGAUCGGAAGGGAAACCAGCGGGGGCCCUGCAUAUAUUGAAGCAAAGAAUCCCUCGGGGCAGGGGAUUGGGGUUGCUUGA